CAUAUCUAGUGACCUUCCUCAGCGCUCAUGCAGUACAGUGUCCGGAAGCUACAGUAAAAGACCGGGUCGAGGCAACAAUUUAACCUGUUUAAGAGGCCACGAUGGGUGAUGUUGAAAAGGGAAAGAAGGUCUUUGUGCAGAAGUGUGCGCAGUGCCACACAGUCGAGAACGGCGGCAAGCACAAGGUCGGGCCCAAUCUUUGGGGUCUAAUUGGACGCAAGACAGGCCAGGCUGAGGGCUUCUCCUACACAGAUGCCAAUAAGAGCAAAGGCAUUGUGUGGAGUGAGGAGACUCUGAUGGAGUACUUGGAGAACCCCAAGAAAUACAUUCCCGGCACGAAAAUGAUCUUCGCCGGCAUCAAGAAGAAGGGCGAGCGCGCAGACCUUAUAGCAUAUUUGAAGUCCGCCACAUCGUAACACUAUUUUAUCCGUAGAAGGCAGGAAGAGAUUUAAAUUAAGUAUCUGUAAUAUGUUUUUGUUUUUUUGUCUUUUAACAAUACCUAAUCAAACAAUAACGCACCACUAAACAUCCUGGACUGCUGAAUUUGGAUGUACAGUUACAGUGCACUGCUGAUCACUGACUGCAGCACGGGGUUUCAUGUCUUUCUGUCCUGCUUUUCACAGCAGCUGUAAUCUGGAUAAUUUCAUUGUACUUUCUGUGUACGGAUUGAGUUACACUGUGACUGCGGAUGUUGAUGUGUUUAGUGGCUGCUGUGGUAACUUGUGUACCAGAUGAAAUUAAAACCCAGUGAUGAAUGUGAAAAA